UCGCUUCGUUAUCACUGUGUUCAUUGCCGUAAAACGUUUUCACGCCCAUCGUCGUUACGCAUACAUACCUACUCGCAUACAGGCGAAAAACCGCAUGGUUGCCCUCAUCCAGGCUGUGAUCGACGUUUCAGUGUUCAGAGCAAUAUGCGUCGUCAUCUAAGAGUUCAU